GCCCCGCUGUCCUUUGCCCCUCCCCUCCCCCGCAGCAGCAUCUGGACAAGCCUCAGCAGGAAGCGACAGUCUCAUCAUGGUUCGGGCUCGGGCUCCUGGGCUGCUACUGUGUUGCUUUCUGCUCCAGCUUCAGGGACCCCUGGGAGCUGUAGUUUUCAUAACCCAGGAGGAAGCACACAGUGUCCUGCACAGGCAACGGCGUGCCAACUCCUUCAUGGAGGAGCUUUGGCCAGGCUCCCUGGAGAGAGAGUGCCUUGAGGAGAAGUGCUCCUUUGAGGAGGCCCAGGAGAUCUUCAAGAGCACCGAGAGGACAAAGCAGUUCUGGAUUGUUUACACUGAUGGGGACCAAUGUGCCUCGAAUCCGUGCCAGAACGGGGGCACCUGCGAGGACCACCUCCAGGCUUACAUCUGCUUCUGCCUCCUAGACUUUGAGGGCCGGAACUGUGAGACGAACAAGAAUGAGCAGCUGAUCUGUGCAAAGGAAAAUGGUGGCUGUGACCAGUACUGCGCUGACCAUCCGGGGACCAAGCGCACCUGCUCCUGUCACGAGGACUAUGUGCUCCAGCCGGAUGAGGUGUCCUGCAAACCGAAAGUUGAGUAUCCGUGUGGAAAAAUACCUGUUCUGGAAAAAAGAAAUUCCAGCGGCCCCCAAGGCCGGAUUGUGGGAGGCAAGGUGUGCCCCAAAGGGGAGUGUCCAUGGCAGGCUGUGUUGAAAAGCAGUGGGGCAUUGCUGUGUGGGGCCAUCCUAUUGGACACCACAUGGAUAGUGUCUGCAGCGCACUGUUUUGAUAACAUCCCGAGCUGGAGGAACAUCACGGUGGUGGUGGGUGAGCAUGACUUCAGUGAGAGGGACGGGACCGAGCAAGUACGACGGGUGGUCCAGGUCGUAUUCCCUGACAAGUACGUCCGAGGCAAGAUCGACCAUGACAUUGCCCUUCUCCGCCUCCACCCGCCUGUGACCUUCACUGACCACGUGGUGCCCCUGUGUCUGCCUGAAAGGGCCUUCUCUGAGAUGACCCUGUCCAGAAUCCGCUUCUCAAGGGUGAGUGGCUGGGGUAAGCUGCUGGACCGCGGCGCCACAGCCCUGGAGCUCAUGGCUGUCGAAGUGCCCCGGAUGAUGACUCAGGACUGCCUGGAGCAUGCCAAGCACAGUCCCGACACCCCCCAAAUCACAGAGAACAUGUUCUGCGCUGGCUACAUGGACGGCACUAAGGAUGCCUGCAAGGGAGACAGCGGCGGCCCCCACGCCACACACUACCGUGGCACGUGGUACCUGACUGGUGUGGUCAGCUGGGGGGAGGGCUGUGCAGCCGUCGGCCACAUUGGGGUGUACACCAGGGUCUCCAGGUACACGGAUUGGCUGAUCAAGGUCAUGAACUCCAAGCUCCAGGUUGGGAUUCAGCGAGUCGAACUAUUCUAGCUCCUUGGACAGCCCAGCCUUUCUGAAGGAGGAAAUUGCUGCUGUGGGGAUGCUGUUAUAUAUCAAAACCUACUGACUCUCCUGCUAUUCCUGGGGUGGGGAAGGAGAAAGAGGUAAAGAGAGGAUCAAGAGUGAAGGGACGGUGGUGGCGCACGCCUUUAAUCCCAGCACUCGGGAGGCAGAGCACUGUGAGUUUGAGGCCAGCCUGGGCUACCAAGUGAGCUCCAGGAAAGGCACAAAGCUACACAGAGAAACCCUGUCUCAAAAAAACAAACAAAAAUAAAUAAAUAAAUAAAUAAAAACAAGAGCGAAGUAAAGAAAGCGAUAGAGCGAAGGAGGCAGAGAGGGAGGUAAAGGGAAGAGGCCGAGAGAGAGGGAAACAGGAAGGGAAGCAGAGGGAAGAGUCUGAAUUAGAGACUAACAAAGACACUCAGAGAGGCUGGGUAGCAGAGCCACAGGCAGGCAGCCCCAAGAGACAGGGUGGUCCUGAGGGAGACGAGGUCUAGCCUCUGCUACUGUCUCCCUGCAGCUCCCUCCCAUCUGCCUGCGGUGCUACAGACAGUAGGUGUGUACACACGCAUAUGGAACACGUGUGUGCACAAGCAUGCAUGUGCAUUCAUGACACAUACACCCUCUGCACCAUUGUUCACUUUGACUUCUCCCUUUUUUGUGUGAGUACCCUGUCUCUGUUUCAAUUAAAUGAGAAACACCGUCUGA